AUGGAGGCGACCGAGUCGCCAGCUAGUACUCAAGAGACAGGCUCCCUGACGCAGCCCUCACCACAUCACGAGCGCCGUUUCAUUGGAAGCAGCUCGGGCGUGUACUUCAUCAAUACCGUCAGGAAGGCCUUCGAAGUCUCUCAGCAAGAGGAGCCAAGCCGUUUGCCAGCUGCGGAAGAGACUGUAGGGGGCGAAGAUGACUUCGCACCAUCUGCUCGUAACUCGCCAGAACGAGGUCAAGGCUUCGAGCUGAAUAUCAACGGCCAAAGGGCCAUUGAGAUCAAUAGCUCUACCCAGCUUGGCUCCCUUCCGCCUUAUGCCACUGCUCAGCAAGCCAUUGUCGAGUACUUCAAGACAUGGCAUCCCAUCUUGCCCUUCCUUAGCGGACCGGCAUUCUUGGCAUCCAUGGACGCACUCUACCAAGAUCCACGCACAGCUAAAGGUUCCGGUCGCAUAUCUGCUGACCGUCAAAGGCUCUGCAGUCUGAUCAUCUUCCAAUGUAUCCUUGCAAUUGGAACUUUCAGCCUACCUAUCGCGCUUCCGAGCCAAAGCUCUCUGCCAUCAAAGUCAAAUCUCCUUUCCCUUGUGGCGUCGCUCGCAUCAAGACACGACAUACUUACUAUUCAGACAUUACUCGCUGCACAAGUAUAUUGUGUGUCUACGUUAUCUCUCCGGACAGCAUCGACCAUUGGCGGUAUUCUCAGCAAGCUCUUAUUCCAUGCCGGGAUGCAUCGAUGCCCAUACCGCUAUCCUCAGCUAUCGAACGAGGACCGCGAUCUUCGUAAGAGGAUCUUGUGGAGUGCCUACUCGAUCGACCGCUACCUGUGCCAAGCUCUUGGAAUACCAGUGUCGCUAUCGGACAGCGAGAUCGAUGUAUGUGUGUCGGGUCGGCGAGAGGUUCAUGGGACAACGCCGACAGACCUAAAUGGUGUUCCGCUGCCCACACCCAGCGCGGAACCCAACGCCUUAGGUAGCAACAGCGAGCAUGCCAAUGCUGCUGGUCCGCAUGCAGAUGUGAUGGAUGAUGCGAACAGGAGAUUGGAGGUGAUUCUUGCCAAUUUCGUGGAAUAUGGAAGAUUGGUGGGCAAUCUCAUGGAGCUAUUCCAUAUAUCCUUGCAUUCACGCAAGAAUGACCCACGGAAGAUUCUAUUCCUACGCUCGGAUGUCGAUAAAUGGUUCAACAGUAUGCCCUCUGAGCCUACUCCGUCAUAUGCCAACACUGGAGCCGACGAGCAGAUCAUCCGGUUCUUGCCUUUCCUCCAUGUUCUUUACGAGCAGCUAAAAAUAUCCAUUCACCGGCCUUCUUUAUCUCUCCCGAGGUCGACGCCAGAGUUUCAUCACUCACUCCAAGUGACGAUCCGUGCUGCGAAGCGUACUAUUCUUGCCAUGGAAAGGCAGACGAAUUUGUUCUGGCCUGGUUAUGUGGCAUCAGUCUGGAUGUCAGGUCUCAUCAUCUCGUUCGCCUGCCAAAUCGGGAUGUAUAACACCUCUCAAGGAUCCACCGAGAUCCUCCGCUGCUUGGAUUUGCUCAAGCGAAUGGGCGAGCGAUGGAGGAGCGCGCAGAGAUGUUAUGCCGCCCUGUCCACCCUGCUCUCGGACUUGCAGAGGAAUCAACGUCGUAUCAGCGACCUUCAGGCAGAAGAUGACCCCUUCGGCAGGCAAGCGAAACGGGCAAAACUCGACACGCCGGCUUCCGAAGCUGGGCAGACUCCUACGUCGAUCUCUCCCACAUCCAACGCUGAGGUGUCGCCAAACGGACAUCCAGUCAUUUGGCGCGGUGCAGAGUUCAAAAUCUAG